GCGUUCCUACGCCCACCCUCUCCGAGAAAGGCACCCAGCACCCUGGAGGCACAUAUGUCGGCGCCCUGGGGUGGGACAUCGGGCACGGCGGAUACCGUGAAGUCUACGAUACGCUGCGCAUGGCCAGUUCGCUGCAGAUCGUCGAGAAUCCUUAUUGCCCUGGUUUGGAGCGUUGGGCGUUGGGAGCGCAUCUGAUCUGCGCCUAUUCCACCUAUGAGGACACCUGCCAAGGUGACUCCGGCGGCCCCCUCUUCAUAGCAGACAAUCCGCUGAGCGGCAACCUGUCCAAGGGGAACCCUCACAUUGACCUCAUCCUUGGAAUCGUAUCUUUUGGCCCUGCCGCAUGCGCCAGGGGGAGAGGUGGCGCUUACACGCGGGUCUCUGAUAUGCGCGAUUGGAUCGAUGCCAUCAUAGAGGGGAAAACAUACUUCGAG